AUGGGUCAUAGGAAACGAGCCCUUUUCACUUUUCACUCACAUGGAAUACCCAAGAGAUCCGGUGUAGAGAUAUCGCUUCUCAGUGCUCUUAAUCUCAAUGGAACCUGUUGUAAUCUCUUUUAUCUCUUAUUUGUGAUUACAUUCUCCUCUUUCAUCCAGGAUAAAGAAGAAAAAAUUGCUCGUGUGAUUGGUGACAGAUCAACUAGUGAUGUUGUUGUGAGGCUACGCACUCCGGAAGGUCGAGAUGAUUGGCUAUACUGUCACUCAGAGAUUCUUGUAAAAGAUUGCAAGUACUUUGCUGAUAGGUUGUCUGAGAACUGGCCAACAUGUCAGAUCCUUGAUUCGCGCAAUUGUGUUGAUAUCUAUUGCCAAGAGUUGAAUUUUGAUUACCAUGUAAAUCUUAUACGUCUUCUCUACAUUGUCAUAGAUGGUUCAGUUGAUGAUUUGUGGCAUGGUGUUAGAAAUGCCCUUGGCAUUCUCCAGGUCGCUGUUGAGCUUGGAUGCCCACAGAUUAUAAAUGCAUGCGUGAAUUACUUAGAAGCUGUUACAUGGGAGGAGGCUGAGGAGGAAGAGAUCUUGAAAAUUGUUCCUCGAAUGGGAUUACAGGCUGAACCUAUCCUAGCUAGACUCCAACCAGUUAAGCAGUCUGCUAUCAUUAACAUCUUUGUCUCUACCAUCCGAUUUGCUACAUCAUCCCCAUCCCCAAAUAUGAGUGAUCUUAAAUCUUCAGCACAAGAGCAACUUGAGUACAUGCUAACCGAAGAUGAUGAUGCCCCAUUAUUGACAGCUGAUGACAACAUAAAACUCGAGGUAAAAGCGUGUGUAAACAGACUAUUUUCCCGGUUUAUCGAUUCAUUAACAGCUUUUUUCAAUGGUACUAGAGAAUCACUCUCUGAGGCAGGGAAUAUUCAGUUGUUUCAAUCCUAUUUGACUGAUUUAUCGUGGGCCUGUCAGAUAUUGAGUAAGUUGGAAAUAAUGAGAGAAUUUGUUGAGUAUUGGUUUGAUGCAUCAGAAAAAAUUGUCAAGGUUCUUGAGCAAGGAAGUUCUACAACUGAAGUCAUUGAGAUAAAGUUAAGAGCUGUUGAGGUGACAUCAAAGGUUUUAGAGGCAAUUGGUUAUGGCACUGUUAUAUUGCCAACUGCAAAACGCCUUCAUGUUUUGAAAUUAUGGCUUCCAUUUGUGAGGGUUACAAAACCAUUGAUUGAUUCUGUUACAAUGAAUUGUGAGAAUGCCAUGUUACUUAAAUUAGAUGGUGAAAUGUGGCAAUCCUUAGAAUCCACCUUCGUCUCUAUCAUUCUUGCAUUGCCGUCAGGGGAUCAGGCAGAGAUCUUAACUGAGUGGCUGGAUAACGAGUAUAUGCAGUAUCCAGACCUAACUGAGGCAUUUGAAGUAUGGUGUUAUAGGUCCAAGGUUGCUAAGAGAAGACUAUCAUUGAUAGGGGAUGAGCAUGGCAUGACCAACUCAUUUUGA